AUGACAUACUUCGGUUUUGACACUCACAAUAUGCUGUGCAAAGUGGACAUUUUUGCUUCGAUCGCACUGGAGCAAGAUGAAAGCGUUCCACUCCAGCACACAUCGCCCCAACAAUCAAUUAACAUUUGUUUUUCAGUAAUUUCCACCCAGAAUGAGAACUCAGGUAAAUGCUGGGUGUUGCAAAAUAUUGAUUCAGCCAUGCUAUCGACCUCAUCGCCCGAUCCCGGGAAUCACAGGGUGCUAGUGGAGUUUGACCAGUUUCUGGCAUUUCUUCUCCUUUGCAAAUUGGGUGGGUAUCAAACCAGGCCGCAGUCAGGGGGAACGAGCGGGGAGAAUCGAGCUCACCUGGUGCAUUGGAUCUUUUGGUCAGAUAGAAUGAAGUACCUCAUUCCUAACUCCAUCGCCACUCUCUCGCGUCCGUCUAUUCAGAAUCUUCUCAAGGACUUCAUCAGUCUUCUGUCAUUGUCUGAAAAGGAAGAUUGGAUCAAAAUCCGAUGUGAUGAAAGCCAGGAAAUGAUGGGCUUGGGUGGGGGAGUCGCGGUCUGCGCUAGUGGCUCAGAGAUCUUGAUGAGAGGGUCUAUCAAAACGCUCAAAUUCGGCUCUCUUGCAUGCUAUCGUUUGAAGAUAUACCAUUUAGUGAUCUACAAAUGGCGAUAG